CUCCGCCUGGGAGGCGGGUUCUUUUGGCCGAACGUCGUCUUGCAGGUGGGCUGGUCUGAAGAAGUAGAAGCGCCUGAAGUUAGUCUUAUUUAGUUUUCGUGCCUAUUUCCCCGGGAAGAAGCCGCGGAAGACAGAAACCAGCCAUGUCGUCCCUGAUUAAGAAAGUGAUCAGCACGGCGAAAGCGCCAGGCGCAAUCGGGCCCUACAGAGGUGAGCCUGGCGCGCCAGGGAAGCGACCGGAGCGACUUAUUAGUCAAGCAGUACUGGUAGACAAAACCAUGUAUAUCUCAGGACAGUUAGGCAUGGAUCCUGCAAGUGGACAACUUGUAUCAGGAGGGGUGGCAGAAGAGGCAAAACAGGCACUUAUAAACAUAGGGGAAAUUCUGAAAGCUGGUGGCUGUGAUUACACUAAUGUGGUAAAGACAACUGUUUUGCUGGCUGACAUAAAUGACUUUAAUGCUGUUAAUGAAAUCUACAAACAGUAUUUCAAAAGUAGUUUUCCAGCCAGAGCUGCUUACCAGGUUGCUGCUUUGCCCAAAGGAGGGCGUGUUGAAAUUGAAGCCAUAGCUGUUGCAGGACUUCCUAUGAAAUCCUGACUAUAAUUCAUGCCCUCUACUGUUUUGCCAAUUAGAUUUGGUUAGGAUAAAUGAUUGUUGUUACUUCUAAUUCUGGAAAUUAAUGUGAAAAUUAUGAGCCUUAAUGAAAUGUUGUGGAGGACUUGGCAUUCUGGAAAUGACAUAAUGAGUGAAAAUGAAUGCAAACUAAAAGAUUUGCCGGAAAACACAAUACAUACAGCCAUACUACUGAAAGUGAAAAGUAGGGUAUGGAAAUUAUGGUAUUUCUCUACAAAAUUAAAUAAAAGCAAAGAGUAGGAAGAAAUGCAGGCAAAAGCUUUUCUCCAGGAAUUCUGGAAUUGUUUUAUAUCUGAAAGGAGAAAAAAUAACAUGUCUGGAAUUAAUUUCUACUAAAUACAUAAUCUGAGAAAUAAUUGACUGAUGUUCUUAUAAUUAAUUUUAUAAAAAAAAAUUAAGCAAAAAAUCAUUUUAUACAUUCUUUCAAUUAAUUGCAUGUAAUGCUAAGGAUUUAAAAAUGUCAUUUCCCUCAAAAGACCAUCAACUUCUUUUUAGAGAAUUUCCACUGUUGGUCUCAUUGAAAUUCCAAAGGGUGUGGCAGAAAUUAAUGAAAAGAAAAAAAGUUACAAAGAAAGAAAUUAAUGGACCAAAAAUUUCUAAAUGACAAAAUGUAUUUUUUCUAAUGGAAAUAAAAUGAAA